AGCCUCGUAUUUCUGUUCCCCUCUUAUCUCCCUGCUGUUUCCUUUCAACUCUUCAUCUUGUAUGCAGUAGAGAGAGGGGAAGCCAAUCCAAUCAUGGGUUCCUCUUCACUACCAUCCUCCAUUAGCACCUCUCAAAACAAGUUUCAGUUUGGUAUAACAAAAAGAGACACAAAGUUUUCUUGCUCUUUAUCUUCUACUCCUUCAUAUAACAUUCUUCAAAAAUCAGUUCCUUUGGCUGCAUCAAUUGCAAUUCUUCUUUGGUCAACUCCUGCACAUGCCGGAUUUAUGUCAGGAAUCUCAGGACUAGAGUCUGUUCCUGGUCCUCAACUGCCACAGAUUGACUUCCUCAAGCGUUUUAAUGAAGAAAACCAGAAGAAAUAUGCUGAAAAUGAUGCAAGAUUUAAAGAGACUCCCCUGGUGAAGAAACUGCUUGAGCAAUCUAAGUUGAAUAAAGAGAAGAAUAGCAAGGAAAUUGAGAACAAGUACUGCUUACGUGGGGCAGAAUGGGGAGUUGGUGAUUGUUCUGCAGAGGGAAUGUCUCCAGAUGAGAGGGAAAAAUUCAUAGCAAUGUUGAAGGAGAGGGUUGGAGAAAAGUAAUAUGAUGCUGCAGCUAGAGCAUAGAGAAAAGAAAAAGUUUCUAAUAUUAUUACUAUUAUUAUGAAAAAGGUAAAUUAAACAAUUUUGACAUUGUAGGGUGGCACUAAUUAGUAAAGAAUAGGCCUCUUGCAUAGUUUCAAAAUCUUGUUUUUUAAUAUAUUAUACAUAUGAAUUAUUUUUAUGUAUGAUUGUCAAAGAAAAACACUUGCUAUAA